CCAUUAUGCAGUUUGUGAUUCUCGCCGUGCUGGCCGCCAUGGCCAUCGCCGCCCCUCAGUAUGAUGCCCCUCAGAGCCCAAGUCGCUAUGGGACCUCAAGUGAAGAGAUCCCUAUUUUGAAGGACGAGCGACUCCAGGAGGAUGACGGAAGAUACAGCUUCGAUGUGGAGACUGGGAAUGGUAUCGUCCUGUCUCAAUCUGGCUCUCCACGAGGUCCUGAGGGUGCUGUGGUCAAGGCUGGAGAGUUCUCCUACACUGCUCCUGAUGGCUUACCUGUUCGUAUAAAGUUCGUCGCUGAUGAGAACGGUUACCAGCCUGAGUCUGACCUGCUGCCAGUGGCUCCUGAAUUCCCCCACCCAAUUCCUCAGUUCGUACUGGACCAGAUUGCCUUCGCUGCUGAAGAAGAUGCUGCCCGCGCACGCGGCAAAAUUUCCAGUCCCUCUGCCAGCUAUGGAGCUCCCCAGUAAUUUCUUAGGUAAAAAAGGACAAUACAACGCUCAA